CAGCGGCUUGCCUCUAAAGGUCCCGCCAGCCCGCGGCCUCUUCGCAGCGAUCUUCCGCGCGCAGUCUCGAUGCUGAAACGAGCCUGACGCGAACGAAAAGCCAGCCGUCUGCUCCUGAACAGACAAUUCCAUGUCGAGCGGAGUCAAUCCGUCUUUGUCUGGCCGCAACCCACCCAACCCGCCUCAUUACAAUCAGAAACGAGAACCGUCCGAAAUCGAAGCGAACCUCUUCGAGCUCGGCCUCUUGGGCAACAAGAACGCCAAAAAGUCCACCAGAGCUCACUCCAAGACGAAGCCCAAGGUCGUCGAGUUCGGAUCGCCGGUGGCCCACCACAGAGGCUUCCGUCCCAGCUCGCGCAGCUCGCACUCCAACUUCUUCACUGCCAGCACGGCAAAGCCCUUUGGCUCGCACUCGCAAGCCGCGCUGCUCAGCAACACCACGCUUGAUUCGCAACCGCCCCGGCGGUCCGGCAGAGGCAUGGCCGGCGUGCUCGACAUUGAGCGGUCGCGGACACGCCGCGAGCGCACCUUUAUCGGCAGCGAGUGCGCCGUCUGCGAGGAGCCGCUGGAGCACACGCUGCGCGGCGAGCGGAUACUGCAGCUGUCGUGCGGCCAUGUGUCGCAUGAGGCCUGCUUCUACGAAUACAUACGCGAAUUCGAGUCGCAGCACUGCCCGACGUGCAAUGCGACGCUGGGGCUGGACACCAGCCGCGGCGGGAACGUGCUAGAUCUCGAGAAGCUCAGCACGAUUGUACGCUCGGUGCAGCAGGAUGGGGGCAGCCACCGGAGCAACCAGAACACGCCGACACCGUGGGACAGCCAGACGCUGCAGUCCGAAGCCCACAGUCACGCCCCUAGCCAUAGCCACGGGCGCCCGCGGAACGACAGCGACGUCAGCGUCGGCCGCUAUCAGGGCGGCGGCCACUCAUCGCGCCAGCGGGACAGCAGCCUCAGCCGGGAGCGGGAGCGCAUGGGCUCGAUGUCGCGGCAGCAUCUGCGCAGCGACAGCGGCGCGACGGGCAUUGCGUCGUCGGGCGACUACGCGGCCACGCACGACGGGCGGCGGCACGACUACGACGUGCAGUCGAUGGAGACGAGCCUGAGCAGCCCGCGCGGUCUGGUGAAGAGCCCGAUCCCGCCGCCCACAGUGACAGUGCGCAGCGAGUUCCCGACGCUGAGCCGGUCGCGCCAGCAGCAGAGCCUGACGUGUCUGGUGACGGUCGAGGUGGUGGACGGCAAGUGGCGGGCGGACCCCGAGGACAUGCGAGGUGCGCCGCCGCUGCCCUCCAUCGCGAGCGCUACGGAGAGCUUCAAUCGUGCGAAGUCGCCCGUCCGCAGCCGCCCCUUCGACACGCCCUACGAGUCCGAGGAGGCGCUCGAAGAGAUCACCGAGGACCUGCACGCCCGCGUCGACAACUGGCACGGCCUGGACUUCUCGCGCUUCGGCAAGCUGCGCCUGCACGGCCACGUCCGCGUCGGCAAGGACCGCCAGUCGUGGCAGGAGCUCGAGUGUUACCUCUUCUCCGAGAUGCUCAUCUGCGUCAAGGAGAAGAAGGUCGCCCCGCCCGCGCAGUGGGACGCCUCCGACGCGUCGGCGCCGAAGAAGACCAAGUGCACGCUCAAGGGCUCGAUCCUAAUCAAGAAGCACCUCAACCAGGUCGAGCACUCCCCGGACGACGCCGUCCUGACGCUCAGCCUGUCUGUGGCCGAGCUCCCGUCCUUCCACCUGCAGUUCCAGAACAGGAGCCAGCUGGAGCUCUGGCGGCGCGCGCUGAUGGACAUCCGCAUGGACUUCCCCACGCCGCACCGGACGCCCGACUACGACCAGGACAACUCGGGCACAGAGGACGACGAGUACCGGCGCCCCAAGCGCGUGUCGUCCGUCAACUCGUCGUAUGGCGCCGCCAGGUCCACCAUGACUGCCCCGACCGAGUACACAAACUCGCGCGCGGGGCUGCCGGAACCCCGCCUCACCGGAGCGAUGCAUGUGCCCCUGGACAUAGUGGUCGUCAUUCCCGUCUCCUCGUCAAUGCAAGGCUUGAAGAUCAACCUGCUGCGCGACACGCUCAAGUUCCUAGUGCAUAACUUGGGCGAGCGCGACCGCAUGGGACUAGUCACCUUCGGCUCGAGCGGCGGCGGCGUCCCGAUUGUGGGCAUGACGAGCAAGGCCUGGAGAGACUGGCCAAAAGUGUUGGAUUCAAUAAGACCCGUGGGACAAAAGAGCCUUCGCGCCGACGUGGUCGAAGGCGCCAACGUCGCCAUGGAUCUACUCAUGCAACGCAAAUCAAACAACCCGCUUUCGAGCAUCCUGCUCAUCAGCGACUCGUCGACGUCGGAUGCGGAGAGCGUAGACUUUGUGGUAUCCCGAGCCGAGGCUGCAAAGGUUACCAUCCACUCUUUUGGUCUGGGGCUGACCCACAAGCCCGACACUAUGAUUGAGCUGUCCACGCGUACCAAGGCCUCGUAUACCUAUGUCAAAGACUGGAUGAUGCUGCGCGAGUGCGUGGCGGGAUGCCUGGGCUCGCUGCAGACUACCUCGCACCAGAACGUCAAGCUGAAGCUGCGCCUCCCCGAAGGGUCUCCGGCCAAAUUUGUCAAGAUUAGCGGCGCAUUGCAAAUCACCAAACGCGCGACUGGACGUGACGCCGAAGCCGCGCUGGGCGACCUGCGCUUCGGCGACAAGAGAGACAUCCUCGUGCAGCUAGCCAUCACGCCAGACACUGCGUCGCCGGAGCAGCUACCGCAAGAUCCCUGGGAGACGAUUGUUUCAGGUUUAGAAGCGCUGGGCGGGCCCCUCGACCAGGAUGAGUCGCGCAGCCUAAGCGUCGAGGAGGUGCCCUUGAUCCAGGCCGACCUUACUUACGGCGAUAUCCUCAGGGAAGGGACCAUCGCGCACCUACCGCGUCCAUCCCUACUAGCCAUUACCAUCUUACCAUCUGUCUCGAAGAAGAAUCCUUCUGGACGUCCGUCAACGCCACCGAUCCCGCCCCAUCCGCAUGUCGUGCAGCGACGCAUGGAGCUCCUCACAUCGGAUAUGUUGACACGUGCGCUCACGCUUGUCUCGCGAGGUCAGCACGAGCGAGCACACCACUUGCUCAAGGAAACACGAAGUAUUCUAAAGGGUCUCGGAAAAGGUGGUUUGCCUGCACUGCCCCCUGCCGGUUCCCGACGAAAAGACCUCCCAAGCGCGCCCGGCAGCACCGGCCACUCAUCGCCAACAGUUGACAGCGGCGAUCGCCCCAGGACACCAUCGCCGCAUGCAGAGAAUCCCUUCACGCCUGCAGCGGGCAUCGACGCCACGACCAUGCAUGCGCUCGACGCUGAGCUGGAGUCCAGCCUCGAGUGGAUCAACCACCCGGCAGUCUUCGGCCGGGACUCGCGCAAGGCUGUGCUCCAGGCCAUCGGCGUCAUCUCUUCCCAGCGCGCAUACACUUUCCGCACUCUCUCCGAAGCACUCUGGGCUGAGCGCAUAUCGGGCGUAAAACGUCUCGCGGAACGGUCGCGGGAGUGGCGCGAGUCCGGCGACGAUCAGGCCCUCAUGGAGGAGAAUUAGAUCUCAUUCCCCGUCGCUUUCAUUAACCCCUUGUCCUUUGUACCAUAUCCUUUUGGCAAUCCGCCUUCUCCUUCGGGUCAUAUCAUUACCGCCUACGGCCGUUUCGGCGAUUAUUCACAUGGGCUUGUUGGGCUUUUAUGGGGGCCAAUCCUUGAC